GACUCCGAGGCCAUGCUCCUCCCAUUGAGACGGCACCGCAGUGCAGUUACUGCCCAACUCUGUCAUCGUGCUUGCUUUGCUUGUUUGCUUGCCUUUGCUCUCUCUGAUCCCUGCUCUGCGCGUCUCUGCGUCGUAUUCGAUCACCAUGGCGGGCAAAAGUGGUGCUACCCCUGUCGACAGGGAGCAGAUCUUUGGCAUGGCGCAGCAGGAGAUGGAGUACAGAGUCGACCUGUUUAACAAGUUGACGCAAACAUGCUUCGACAAGUGCGUUGAGAGGAAGUACAAAGAGGCAGAUCUCAAUGUUGGAGAGAAUAGCUGCAUUGACCGUUGCGUCGCCAAAUACUGGCAGGUGACUGGCAUCGUCGGACAAAUGCUUGGAUCGAACAAGCCACCCAUGGGUUAAUGCUUGUGUGUGCAUAAAUUGCACUUACUCUUGAUUUACGAUUUCUAUUUGACGAUUUGCGAUAAUAGUGGACCACAUAUAGCUACGAGACUUGCUCGACAUUCAUGCUUCAAUUGCCUUGAACAGCCUAUUCCAGUAAAGUGUCAAGCCAGAACCGUGUGAAGACUACUCAAUUGGGUCCAUUGUGGUAAACUGCGGACAAUUUUUAACGAGUUGAGGCUUAAUAUCGUUUACAAAUA